GCUCCGCCCCGGCCACACGCAGCGUCGCAGCCUCAGGGAGCGCGCACAGCGGCACUGGAGAUCUUGCCGCACCUAAGCAGGAGCAUUUUAGACUGAGCGUUACCCCUCAGUAGUAGUGAUGUAGUGUAAUGACACCGGACUAUAGGCCCCCUGUGGUUGUGUGCUGGACGGGAUUUCCGUGCCUUUAGCCCAAGCACAUAGCACUGCAGUGUCCUGCCGCCGUGAUCUGCGUCCUUUAAGGGGAAUUAUUUUCUUUCCUUUUUUUUUUUCUGUUUUUUACAGUUUCUAAUUACGUUUGCUAUGUGUAUGUGUGAAACAUAUUACGCGCGACUAUGGCAUCCUGCUGACAAACAGACGUAUCAGACUUGACGUAAAUCAAUGGCGGCAUUUACUGACUUCGGCAAAAUGGCUCCGUCUGUGCGGACACGGCUAUUUACUCUCGUGUUUGUUGGGGUAGCUAGGCAAGGCAGUUGGAACCCGCGGCGGCACUGCGAGUGGUUGGCGGAGCGCUGGUGAUGUGACUGGGAUGAGCACAGAGAGAAUUACUAGGGCUGCACAGGAAAGGGCGAGAUCCCGGCUCCCGGUACGGUGGUUAUAGCUGAGCUCCUGCCCCAGCAGCUGUGACACCAAGACGCGUGUAUUGCGGGGUGGCGUGGUUGCACUCCUGAAGCAAAUUCCCCAGCUGCUGCAGGGCUGGAUGGCAGCAGCAUGCCUGCUUCGUGGGACUUGGGGAGAACGGCCUAACCUCUUGAAGGGUCAAUGGUACCAUUCCCCGCUGACAGUACACUGAGCUCCUAAGGAAACUAUUCGCAAGCCCCACCACGGCAAGCGUAUAUUCCCGCAGCACGCUGCCACCCCUAACAGAGCCAGAAGAAUGAAGAGUUCAGGUAAAACCAGAAGUAAUAGCCUAACAUGUCGCUCGUUACACUGCAACUAGGGCAGUGCGGUAAUCAAAUUGGCUAUGAGUUGUUUGAUGCCAUUUGUAGUGAUUUCCACAGCAAUGGACUAUGCUCCAGGAAGGAAAAUGACCAUUAUCAGACGGUUUCUAAAGAUCGGUUCUUUGAUGAGACUGAAUCUGGAGACUUUGUAAGCCGGGCAUUGCUACUUGACAUGGAGCCCAAAGUCAUUUCUCAGACCUUAUCCUUGGCAACCCGUUCUGGUAAAUGGUCAUAUAAUAACAAGUCACAGUUUUCUCAGAAACAGGGGUCAGGGAACAACUGGGCAAACGGGUAUUGUGUACACGGCCCAAAACACCAGGAGCAUGUCAUGGAUUUAGUAAGAAAGCAAGUAGAAAAAUGUGAUCGACUGGGUGGUUUUUUCACCAUAAUGAGCAUGGCUGGUGGCACUGGCUCUGGCAUGGGGACUUUCAUUACAAGAUGUUUGCGUGAUGCCUAUCCAAAUUCUCUAUUACUCAAUGAAGUCAUUUGGCCCUACGGAACAGGAGAGGUUAUUGUUCAGAAUUACAACUCCAUUCUGACCCUUGCCCACCUUUAUCAAUACUCUGAUGCACUUUUGGUUCAUGAGAAUGACAUCAUUCACAAAGUUUGCGCUCAGCUGAUGAAUAUUAAGCAGAUUUCUUUCCGAGACAUUAAUAAAGUCAUUGCACACCAACUUAGCAGUGUUUUUCAGCCUGCGUAUACAGCAGAUGGAGCCUCACAUUACAGCAGAAAUCCUCUAGGGGAAUUAAUGGAGUGCUUGGUUCCACACCCUGAAUUCAAGAUGCUAGGUCUUCGUAACAUUCCUCAGAUGUCUGAACACUCCCUGGCAUACAGCACAUUCACUUGGCAUGGCCUCAUCAAACAUUUGAGACAAAUGCUCAUUGCUAAUGCAAAAAUGGAAGAAGGCAUUAACUGGCAAGUGCAGCCCCGCUCACAGCCAGCAACAGGAAGAGUUUCCUUGCAAAGUGAACUGCAGUUCAAUACGUCUCUGGCAAACCUUGCUAUAUUCCGUGGGAGAGAGAUUGAAACUGCUUCUCCUGAGGGUUUCAAAAAUCCAGCAUUGUAUACAUCCUGGUUAUCACCAGAGGAUUCCUUUAGUAUUUGGAAAACACCAAGAGCAUUCAGCAAAUAUGAGAAGUCUGCCACGUUAGUGAGCAAUAGCCAGUGCCUGCUGAAACCUUUGGACAGCAUUGUUGGAAAAGCAUGGAACAUGUUUGCUUCAAAAGCAUAUGUUCAUCAGUACACAAAGUAUGGCAUUGAGGAAGAGCAGUUCCUGCAGAGUUUUACAGUUCUUGAGCAAAUCAUUUCUAGCUACGCCAGUUUAUAGCAAUUAAAUACCUAAAUACCUAUAUUUCCAAAGUUUUAAUGAUAUAUAUCAUGAAAUGUUUCAAAUGAAUAAUAUAUUUUUAAAUAAAUCUAUUUAUGCUUUC